UUCAUCCAUCAAUUGUGACGCCUGCGACUCUCCUUACCGGCACCCGUAGUGUGGUUUGCGACGUGACUAAGAUCGGAGAAAUUGUGAUCCAACAAACAUCUUUCGAAAAUGGCAAUAACAGCUGAUCACAUCCGAAAUAAACUAAUUAAGGAGCUCCCGGCAGUGCACGUGGAUGUGGAGGAUACCUCACCCAACAGAUGUGCCGCCAGCUUCAAAGUCCUGGUGGUGUCGACGCAGUUUGAGGGCAAACCGUUGUUGCAGAGACACAGGAUGGUGAACACGUGUCUGGCCGAGGAGCUGAAAGAGAUCCACGCUUUUGAACAGAAGACGCUCACACCCGAACAGUGGGAAAAACAGAAGUCACAAUGACACACAACGUAACACAUUCCUCUCUGCUCGAAAUUAAAAAACAUUAAAAACAAAACAGGCCUUCAUACUCCUCUGACAGACGUAAAGCAGACAAGUGAUAUUCCUCCAUGUUAAUAAACACGGUUUAUUGA